UGGCGACCUGAAAAUAUAGCUUUCCAUAUAAGCAAACCCCAACCAACCGCACCCAUAUAUACACACCUCCACCAAAUCAACUAGUCCUUAGCUUCAAUUCCCACACUUUUGUAGAUAAAAAUCUAUUAAUAGACCUACAAAGUCUAUCUAGCUAGGUUCUCAUGGAAACAGCGCUGAAUCGCCCCGCAUGACGAUGCAGCCUGCGGGAAGACCAGCGCUAAGAGGUAGGCAAGUGAGUAGUUGUGUGUGCUGGGAGGACCAGCACUAAGAGAUAGGCAAGUAAGUAGUUGUGCUUGUGGGGAGGACUAGCGCUGAGAGGUAGAUAGGUAAGUAGUUGUGAAUGAUCGGCAGAAGAGAGAGAUUGAAUCGAGGAUGAUGAUGACGAUGAGGGAUGAUGAUGAACAGGAAGGAGGGAGCUCAGGGAGCAAUAGCAGAUGCCAAGACUGUGGGAACCAAUCCAAGAAGGAUUGCGCGUACAUGCGGUGCAGAACUUGUUGUAAGAGCAGAGGGUUUGAGUGUCCGACCCAUAUUAAGAGCACUUGGGUCCCCGUUUGUAAGAGACGGCCCAGACAUCACCACCUUUCCACCACUGCUUCUCAACACCCCCUUACUGCUAACCCUAAACGCUACAGGCAACUGCAAAAUCCCCCCUUUUUCGGUGGGGAAGAGGGGAAUUUUCCGGCGGAGGUGAGUUUUCCGGCGGUGUUCAGAUGCGUGCGGGUGAGCGCGGUGGACAAUGGGGAGGAUCAGUACGCGUACCAGACGUCGGUGAACAUAGCGGGGCACGUGUUCAAGGGGAUUCUCUACGACCAAGGACCGGAGAGCCGGUACAACGCCGCCGGCGAGAGCUCCUCCGGCGGUGGCGGAUUUCAACAACAGCCCAGUAAUCUCCUUAGCACCGCCGCGACUGCCGCCACCAGUAAUGCGUCGCCACCUUCUUACCCUAGUCCUUUUAGUACUACUAAUUUCAUGCCCGGUACGCAUUUCUUCCCGUACCCAAAAUCAUAGCUAGCUUGCAAAUAACCAUUUUCUUUGCAUUCAAACACCCUCCCUGCCAAAGAUCUGGUCGAGCGACAUAGCUGUAACUCUCUCAAGUGGGAGGUUACAAGUUCAAACUCUGGUGGGUAUUGACUCUUUAUGCUUUGGUUACAAAAGUAUGUAUGAAUAGAUACUACAUUGUAACAGAGUUAAUAGUACUUGUAAAAAAAACACUCACCCAAAAAAAAAAAUUGCUAUGAGAGAGAAUGUAGCUAUAGCUUAUAGCUAGCUGUUAUUCAUUUGCAAUUCCAAUGAAGAAUUGUUUGGGUCA